GUUUCAGGACGAAUCUUUGCAAUGUCUUCACGAACAAUUAAGCUUGGCUGGCAAACGCAUGCAUUUGGAUUGCUGCGACAUUAUACGAGUACUCGAAGUGCAUUACGGAUUAAUAAAGAUACGAAAGUAAUAGUUCAAGGGUUCACCGGGAAACAGGCGACUUUUCAUGGCCAGCAAAUGAUCAAUUACAAUACUAAUGUUGUUGGAGGUGUCACUCCAAGCAAGGCCGGUACAAUGCAUCUUGAAAGACCUGUAUUUGGUACUGUUAAAGAAGCUCGUGAAGCAACAGGUGCGGAUGCAUCAGUUAUUUAUGUACCAGCACGCUUUGCAGCUAAAGCGAUCGAAGAAGCUAUAGAUGCGGAAAUCCCACUGGUUGUUUGUGUUACGGAAGGUGUCCCACAGCAGGAUAUGGUCAAAGUUCGAAACAGACUAAUGAAACAGAAUAAAACUCGUCUGCUUGGUCCGAACUGUCCUGGAAUAAUUUGUCCGGAAGAAUGCAAAAUAGGUAUUAUGCCGGGACAUAUACAUCGGAAAGGAGUUAUUGGUGUUGUUUCACGAUCUGGAACUCUGACAUAUGAGGCAGUUCAUCAAACAACGCUUUUUGGUCUUGGGCAAACAUUAUGCGUUGGCAUUGGCGGUGACCCAUUCAACGGCACAAAUUUCAUUGAUUGUCUUGAUAUUUUCUUGAGGGACCCUCAAACUAAGGGUAUUAUUUUAAUUGGUGAAAUUGGCGGACAAGAUGAAGAAAAAGCUGCUGAAUUUCUGAAAGAAAAUAACUCGGGACCAAAUGCUAAGCCAGUAGUAUCGUUCAUUGCUGGACAGACUGCACCACCAGGUCGACGAAUGGGACAUGCUGGUGCGAUUAUUGCAGGUGGGAAAGGAACUGCUGCUGAUAAAAUUGAAGCUUUGAAAAGUGUUGGCGUCCUCGUCUCGGCAUCACCUGCGCAAAUGGGUGCAAUGAUGGCGGAGGCUUUGCUGAAGAAAAUCUAAAACUGCGAUUGCAGGAGUAUACGGCUGAAUUCACAAACGUUAAAUGAAACUGUUUGUCAAUGUUACUCAGUAUUUUUGUCAGUAUGCCCUUAACAGCUAAUAUUCGGCUCAAUAUUUCUGUCUGCUCUCAUUUGUUUCGUUUUGUUUCUUUUUUUCUUCAACAGUUCUAAGUUCCAUCUCUGCCACAAUUCUUCGGACAUUUAGAGUCCCAUGUAUUAUCGUUUCGCUUAUUACAUACUUCUAACAGCUGCAUUAUAUAGGAUUUCUUCUUUAAUUUCAUCAGAUGAUCAUAAAGUUUUCAAUGAUUUAACGUAAAAAUGCUUCUAAUUUAGUGCGGGAAGUACUUUGGAUUGUUGAGGGAAAAAAAGUUUUAACACUAACAGUAUUUUAACGC